AGUUGGCCGCAUGAAGAUCGAGCUCUUUGCCGACGUUGUGCCUAAAACGGCCGAAAAUUUUAGACAGUUCUGCACUGGAGAAUUCAGAAAAGAUGGGGUUCCAAUAGGAUACAAAGGGAGCACCUUCCACAGGGUCAUAAAGGAUUUCAUGAUUCAGGGUGGGGAUUUUGUUAAUGGAGAUGGUACUGGAGUCGCCAGUAUUUACCGGGGGCCAUUUGCAGAUGAAAAUUUUAAACUUAGGCACUCCGCUCCAGGCCUGCUUUCCAUGGCAAACAGUGGUCCCAGUACAAAUGGCUGCCAGUUCUUCAUCACCUGCUCUAAAUGUGAUUGGCUGGAUGGGAAGCACGUAGUAUUUGGAAAAAUCAUUGAUGGACUUCUAGUGAUGCGAAAGAUUGAGAAUGUGCCCACAGGCCCCAACAAUAAGCCCAAGCUACCUGUGGUGAUCUCACAGUGUGGGGAGAUGUAGUCCAGAGCGAGACUGAUCAGGCCUUCCCUUGCUCUGGGUGACGCUCUUGAGUAAGAUAAUCUGGAUUGGCCCCUGUGUUUGCUUCCCUGCCUGCUGCUGCCCUUUUUGAUCAAGAGACCUUGGAAGUAUCACAGAUUCAGAACCCAAG